AUGCUGAGCCUAAUGCUGACUGGCCGUGUACCAUACUGCCUAUUGGCCGAACUGUUGUGGCUCGUUGGUGGACGAGGUAUAUCUAAGACUGCGCAGCAGGGGGCCCAGGCAAGCCGUAUUCUAAGUUCCCACUCCACUAUUAAAGUCCCAAUCUUCGGACUGGGACAACAGAACUCCACCUGGUCGGCACAGUCGCGACCAAUCUCUCAGCUCCUUGCCAAAUACUCCACCUUGGAUGAUGCAGUAGAUAUCAAUAUUGCUUCACUUCCGCGAACCCACGUUAGCUACAGUCGUAAGACUAUAAGGGAGGUGCAAUCUCGCUUUAAGGAAAAUAAAGACCAUGGCAACGGCUGGAACAUCCUGGAUUUGAAAAACCCGCUCCCGGACACGUACGGCAUUUGCCCAAGGUUUCUUCAGAACAGCAACUGCGACCUCCUUAAUAGGAUCAAAACGGCCGUUCUGAAUCCAGGAUGGGCAGGCCGAAUCAUCACGAAAUCUAAGCAGAAGAACGAAUUUCGAGAAGUAGAAGGGUGGAUUCUCCUUGCCGAACCUGGAACCUACACCGGCCCUCAUAUAGAUGCCUACGCCACGGAGACGUUUAUCAAUUGUAAUAAAGAGGAAUUCGGGAUCUUCCCAGCUGGCUUUGUCUACUUUGUCUUACGCCUUUCUAGCAAUAGUAGGCAGACUAUGGGUAUCAGAGGGCACAUUCUUCGCUGCUCUGCUAUUGCGCAGUGGGCAAAGAUAUUAGCCCUGCAACUAGAAUAUCCGAACCCUACAAAUAAGAAAGUCGCGAAAACGGCCCUCACGUAUCUCUUGACUGUCCUAUGCCUCGUGAGGGAAGCAGGAGCUCAAGGAAGGCUCGAAGAGUUUGGCGGAGAAAAAAAACGUGGCAGAGUUUCGACAGAAUGCGCAGGCAUGUUCGUCGAAGUGCCGUAA